GAGAAGCAGCCCUACAGAAGUCGAUCCAGAUAUCAUCAGCCUGGGCAUAUGUUAUGGCGGUGAUGGGAUCACUUUGGAGGAUAAUGAAGCUAAUGCUGAGACUGAUGAUGAAAGUACUCUAGAUCAGAGUUCUAACUUGCCCCAUAUCACUGCCCAGCAGUAUGUUUCUCGUAGUGCUGUAUUGUCUUCCCUGGUUGUUUCCUGGUCACCAGUACUGCAAUCUUCUGAAACCUGCUGUGCUAUACUUUCUGCUGGUGCAAAAUCUGGUGAUGUUUCUUUUUGGAGGAUUUGUGAGCCAGAAUGCUUUACUAUAAAGCAUGGGAACAUUCCUGUGAAUGCGAUGCUCAUUGGACUUAUUCAGGCUCAUAAUUCAUGGAUUACUGCAAUUUGUUUUGGCAUUUCCACUGCUUGUUCUUUAAAGUCUCAAUUGAUCAUGGUCACCGGAUGUUCUGAUGGAAG